GGCGGGGCCGCGGCGGCGGCGGGAGAGGGGCGCCCCCUGGCGGAGAGCGCUGAGGGAAGGGCCCAGAGCUGCUCCUGCCGCCUGUCCCAGGUGACACAGCCGUCCCCAUCACCGCCACCAUGGGCUCUGUGCGAUCCCUGUCCGCCGCCAGCGCCGCCCCGAGCCGCAGGAAGGCCGAGGCUGAGGAGGCGGAGGAGGUGUUGGUCAGCCAGGAGCCCGUGCAGGAUGGGGCCAAGAGUCCCUACAUGGAGUUCACGGGCCAGGACAGCAUCACCUGCCCCACCUGCCAAGGCACCGGCCGCAUCCCCUCAGAGCAGGUGAACGAGUUGGUGGCUCUGAUCCCCUACAGCGACCAACGCCUUCGUCCUCAGAGAACGAAACUCUAUGUGCUGCUCUCAGUGCUGCUCUGCCUGCUGCUGUCUGGCCUGGGGGUUUUCUUCCUGUUCCCCCACUCGGUGCUGGUGGACGAUGAUGGCAUCAAAGUGGUGCAGGUGUGGUUUGACAGGAAGAACUCCGCUGUCCUCCUGGCCAUCACGGCCACGCUGAGGAUCAGGAAUUCCAACUUCUACUCGGUGGCAGUGAGCAGCCUGAGCAGCCAGGUGCAGUACAUGAACACCGUGGUGGGCAGGCAGCAGCUCACCAACGUCUCCAGCAUCCAGCCCCUGAGGGACAAACUGGUGAAUUUCACCGUGAAGGCAGAGCUGGGUGGAUCCCUGUCCUAUGUGUAUUUUUUCUGCACUUUGCCCAAGGUGAAGGUCCACAACAUCGUGAUCCUCAUGAGGACCUCGGUGAGGCUCUCCUACAUCGGCCACAGCGCCCAGAGCACCCUGGAGACCUUCCACUACCUGGACUGCAGCUCCAACUCCACGGCGCCGGCCCGGGGGACGCCCUGAGGGCACCGCCGGGACCCUGAGUGGCCCUGCGGGGACAGACCCGGCGCCUCCUCUGCCGCCCUGCCGGGGGUGCUCCUUCCCUUCCUUCCUGCCAAGGAAUCCGGAACCGAGGGCUGAAAUCCCAGAGAUCUGCAGUGGUUUGCACCUGUUCUGGAAGUUUGGAGCCGUCAGGGUGUUUUGGGGUGAAUGGAUUUAAUUUUUGAGAGUGAAUGGGUUUAUUUUUUUCAGGGAAAAUGAGUUUGUUUUCCUGCUCAAUGGUGGCAGCACCUCAAGACCCCAAAAAAGGGACAAUUCCCACCUGGCAUGAGCCUCUGUUACACCUUUGGAAGGAGCCAAAGGAACCCAAGUCUUUGGGAUAAACCUCUCCCUCAUUUUCCCCCUGUGGCUCCGACCCCUUUGGCAUCCAGAGGCUCUUCCCUGGGGUUUGAAAUCCGGGAAUUUGCUGCUUUUUGUGCUCCACUUCCCAAAGCAGCGGGGAUUGGAGGGGGUUCUGUGGGAGGCUGGGAUUCCAAGGCCUCCCUGCCGGGAGCUGGACAUUCCUGCCAGCCGCUAUCCCGAGCAAAGCCCAGCUGCCAGCCUGGCCCCCGCAGCCCUUUGGCAUUUUGCCCCUUUUUGGGAGGUUUUUUCUGGAAUUUCAGCCCUCCUUUCCCGUGGGAUUCGGGAGCCAGACACAGCUACGUGGGAGGGGAUCCUUCCUCAAUGGGAAAAUUAGUGGAUUUUGGGGUGACAGUGGCACAAAAUCCACACUCUGCUCCCUUUUCCAGCAAGAGAUUCCUGCCCCUGCAGCAUUUGUAGGGCUGAAUUCUUCUGAAAUCAA